CGCGGCCUCCUCCUCCUCCAGCCACGCCGAGGUUUCCCGGCAGUUGCAGCCGAGAUCUUCCGCAGCGCCGGUAUGGAGGGAGACGACCGCCUCGCCAUCUGUUUGUGACUGUUUUGCAGAGCUGAGUUGUGGAUGCCAGAAAAUAAGGGGACGUAAACCUCCUCUGGGACUCCGGAUCUGGACACUGGAAUUGCAGCUGAACUUAUAAAGCUUAUCACCCCCUUGUUUCUCUUUCUCUCUCUUCCCCCCUUCCCCCUCCUCUUUCCAUCCCCUCCCCCCCCAAUUUUUGGGGGUGUGUGUUAGCGCUACUUGAAGGAAAUCGGAAGGGUCCGGUUUGGCUUCGAAACUGAGACAGUCCCUCUGCUGUCCUCCACCCUUCACAUCGGAUCUCUCUGCGCCCACCCCCCACUGGCUUCCUAUAUGCUUCUCCGCUAAGUAAAGGAAGGGCUUUGAGAGAAAUUUAUGCCCUGUUAAAAAGUCCAGUGGACAAACCUUGCCAGAUCGAGAUGGGGAAAUCGAACAGCAAGUUGAAGCCUGAAGUUGUGGAAGAACUGACAAGGAAGACAUACUUUACGGAGAAGGAGGUCCAGCAGUGGUACAAAGGCUUCAUCAAGGACUGCCCCAGUGGGCAGCUGGACGCUGCUGGGUUCCAAAAGAUCUACAAGCAGUUCUUCCCCUUUGGGGACCCGACCAAGUUUGCCACAUUCGUCUUCAAUGUCUUUGACGAGAACAAAGAUGGAAGGAUUGAGUUUUCCGAGUUUAUCCAAGCCUUGUCGGUCACUUCCCGGGGGACGUUGGAUGAGAAACUGCGGUGGGCGUUUAAGCUGUAUGAUCUUGACAACGAUGGCUACAUCACUAGGAAUGAGAUGCUGGACAUCGUUGAUGCCAUUUACCAGAUGGUGGGGAACACUGUGGAGCUCCCUGAAGAGGAAAACACCCCAGAGAAGCGGGUGGACCGGAUUUUUGCCAUGAUGGAUAAAAAUUCAGAUGGAAAACUCACCCUGCAGGAGUUCCAGGAGGGAUCCAAGGCUGACCCUUCCAUUGUUCAGGCGCUCUCCCUCUAUGACGGACUCGUAUAGCUUGCAGUCUUACGCUUUGACACACCUGAAGGAACCCCCUUCCAGUGCCAUCAAACACCCACCUCAGACCAGACUCUCUCGCCUGACGUAUGCCAGCCCCUCAUCGCGCUAAAAACGUGGGAGAGGGGUGUGCUUGGAGCGUGACGUCAACCCAACCACUUUGUGCUCAAAAACCAGCUCGUCAUCUCCAUUUGCCAGCGUCUGCAUUUAACAACUAUUUAAAGAAAAGAAAAAAAGAAAAGCGGGGGCGGAGGAGAAGAAACCAAUGAUGAAGAGGAUGAUGAAAAGAUAAGCGCCAUUUCCUUGGGGCCAUGAAGAAUACUCUCACAUGUUAAUAUUCUGUUUUGUUUGUUUCGAACGGAUUAAGAACGAGCACCAUUUUUAAAUAUCUCUUACGGGUGGGGGUGGGGAGAAUCAUGCAGACUGGAGAUUUAGGGUCCCAUUAAGACGUCUUGUGUCAGGGCGCCACUGGACUGGACCAGAACUGUCAAGAGUGGAUGGCUUAAUCGCAGCUAAGCUUUUGCUUUUAAAAUCCUGGGAGUGUCGCACGUGUGUGUGUGUGUUGGGGGGUGGGUGGGUUAAAAAUCCAUUUGAAAUUGAUGUCCAUCCUCAUUUGGGUUUGUGGUUCAAAUUGCAAUGCUACACACACACACACACACACACAUUAUUAUUAUGAUUAUUUGGGGUGUGACAUUGUUAUUGUAUGCUCUCAUUUGUGUGUGUGUGUGCGUGACGGAAAAGUGAGACGCUUUUUCUUCUUUUGAAUGACCUAUGAACAAUCGGUAGCUAUUUAUUUGCCGUUUUGUGUGUGUCAAAGCUGCUGUAUAAUUUUUUUGUCUCGUGUCUCAGAAAAAGAACAAAAAAA